GAGCGGGUCGAGCGGGUGCGGAAAGUGUCGCCCUUCCGGCACUACCGUUCCUGGCAGCUGGAUGCGGUCCUCGUCAAGGGCGGAGACGACCUGCGGCAGGAGUUGCUGGCGUCGCAGAUCAUCGAGCAGUUCGGCGCAAUAUGGGGCGAGGCGGGGCUGCCACUGUGGCUGAAGGCGACGCGCACGCUGGUGAGCAGCUCCAGCUCGGGCUUUAUAGAGUUUAUCCACAAUUCCACCUCGAUAGAUGCCAUGAAGAGGAGCUUCCCGAACAAAAGCCUGGCAGACAUAUUCAGGCUUGCUUUUGCGGACAAGCUGUUCGCAGCCAAACAGAAUUUCAUUGAGAGUUGCGCCGCUUACUCCUUGGUCGUAUGGUUCCUGCAGGUCAAGGAUCGCCACAACGGUAAUCUCAUGAUGACCACCAGCGGGCAUGUCAUCCAUAUCGAUUUCGGUUUUAUGCUCUCCAAUUGA